CCUACGAAAAGCUGUUACGUCCGGUCGUGUUUUUUAAACCAUAAAACCGUUUUGACGGGUGUAUAAGAUUUAUUGUAAAAAGUGAAAAAUCAUUGAAACAAAAAAAAACUGAAAUAAAUUGUGUAAGGAAAACUGUAAUGGAAUCAAUUAAAUUUCGAUUCAAUUCGGAAAGGAUGUAGUGACGACGUGUUUUUUUGGAUAGAUAUUUCGAAUCAAAAAUAAAUGUUGUGUGUAACGAAACGUAGUUCUAUCGAACGAUACAUGCAUAUAUGGCAGCUAUAAAUAAAGUGCAAAAUUAAGAGAAGAAAAUAUAUAAAAAAAAUUUAAUGCUGGAAAAUGUAUUAUACGUAUAGUGUGUCGAAUAUAAUGAACUGAAAAAUCAAUAAAUAAUUUUCUGAAAAUAAAUCGUGCAUUCUUUUCUAUUCAAGUGAAAUCGAGUGAACAUCAACAAGAAAAGAAGAAAAUUUAUAAUAACAAAAUCCUAAAAUGACUUCAAAAAUAGAAGCAACUACCGUGCCGCGGAAUAACGGUCACGAAAUGGCACCGUUAAAUACGCGAGCCCGCGGCGACGGAACGCAUGGCGUGACAAUUGUACUGUCAGCACCGCCCCGAAGUUCAAUCGGAUCCGGUGGCGACGAACAGGACCCAGAUCGAGCAGCAUGGUCUGGGAAAAUGCAAUUUUUUCUCAGUAUUAUCGGCUAUUCGGUGGGUUUGGGUAAUAUAUGGCGAUUUCCAUACCUGUGUCAACAGAACGGAGGAGGAGCCUUUCUCAUCCCAUUUAUGACAAUGUUAAUAUUAGAAGGCAUUCCAUUGUUUCUCAUUGAAUUGGGAAUGGGACAGAAAAUGCGAUUGGGAUCACUCGGUGUUUGGAAUACAAUACAUCCAUGGCUCGGUGGCAUUGGGAUAUCGUCCUGUAUAGUCACGUUAUUUGUGGCAUUGUACUAUAAUGUAAUUAUUACGUGGUGUGUGUACUAUUUCGUUAAUAGUUUUCGGUUUGAAUUGCCCUGGGCAACGUGUCCUACAUACAGUAAUUCAACGGUUUAUCCGGAAUGCAAAUCGGCAACAACCUACUUCUGGUAUCGAACAACUUUGGACAUAGCACCGUCAAUAGACGAACCAGGCGGAUUGAAAUGGUGGAUCGUUCUAUGUUUGUUCGUGUCGUGGCUCGUGGUGUUUUUCAUCGUAAUGAAAGGCAUUCAAAGUUCCGGAAAGGUUGUCUAUUUCACAUCGCUGUUUCCGUACAUCGUUCUGACCAUUUUCUUCGUAAGAGGAAUAACGUUAGAUGGAGCUGGUGCAGGUCUCAUACAUAUGUAUAAACCGCAAAUGGAAAAAUUGUUGGAUGCAACAGUUUGGCUGGAUGCUGCUACGCAAGUGUUUUAUUCGUUCGGUUUGGCUUUCGGAUCAUUGAUAGCGUUUGGCAGCUAUAACACUCCAAAAAAUAAUUGCGUGAGAGAUGUUUUACUUGUGUCGGUGUGCAAUGCAUUUACUGCCAUCUAUGCCAGUGUUGUAAUUUUUGCAAUCCUGGGAUUUAAAGCAACCAAUGAUUUAGACAAGUGCAUUGAGAGAAAUGUGGAAAUAAUGUACAACCGCACAUUACUGCCGGCGACUAACAUAUCACGUAGCGAGUAUGAAAAAUAUUACGCAGAAAGUUUGAAUAAAACAGGUCAGCAAACGCUUUUGAGUUGGGGAGUGUCACCGAACUGCACUUUGGAGAAACAAUUAGGCUCCGCUGCAGAGGGCACAGGACUGGCUUUCAUCGUGUUCACUCAAGCCAUUGUUGAACUGCCCGGUGCACCAUUCUGGUCUAUCCUAUUUUUCACAAUGCUCUUGUCAUUGGGCAUUGGAUCACAGAUCGGUAUCUUGGAAGGAAUGCUUUGCACGCUAUUCGAUAUUGACAUAAUGAAGCGACUGCGGAAACAAUACGUUACAGCCGGUGUUUGCGUAUUUUGCUUCUUCGUUGGAUUAAUAUUCUGUACUGGCGCUGGCGAAUACUGGCUGAAACUGUUCGAUUCGUUUGCGGGAACAAUCGGAUUGGUUGUGAUUGCAUUGAUGGAAUCUAUUGCUGUGAUCUAUGUGUAUGGUCACGAACGAUUCACUGAAGACAUAUACCAAAUGACUGGCUAUCGACCUGGCAUAUACUGGCAAUAUACGUGGCGAUUCAUUGGACCUGUUAUUAUGUCUCUUAUUCUUAUCGCAUCGGUAAUCAAAAUGAUUCUCAACACACCUAAGUACAGUGCCUGGAUUGCUGAAGAAGCUCAAACAGAAAGCAUUCCAUAUCCGCCCUGGGUAAUGGGUAUAGCUGUAGCGAUGAUUGUUGCUGGCGUGCUACCAAUGCCAAUUGUAUUCUGUUUGCGACGCUUCCAGAUCUUGCAGGUCGAUCUUGACAUACAUCAAGGCUCAAUUAGGCGUAAUGAAACUACCGCUUCCACGAAAGUUAUGAUGGAUGACGAUGACGACGAUGAUGACGAUGAUUUCAGUGGGCCGGCAAUUGGUGGUCCAGUCGGUGUGCGCAGCGAUUCAGAUGACGAAGAUGAACCACCGACAAUGGGUAACAUGCGAUCACAAUUUCGCUCAAGUUUAGCAGCGCCCAAUAAAAGACCGUUCAGUAUGGAAGUUAUAGAUUUUUGAACCAUAAUUUUAAGCAUAGCGAAUAGAAUAUAACAAUUUUUUGUGUAUGAAAAAAACAACAACCCAAAACUAUAACUUAGUGCCAGAGAAUUUAUUUUUAUUAUUAAGAGAAUUAUGCAAGGAAUGAGAAGUGAUCCAAUGAAAAUAGAAAAUUGGUUUUUUAGUGUUUAAGAAACAAUGUCGAAGAAAAUUGAGGAAAGCGUUCAACGACAAAUAGGGGGACGUUUUCUUUCGACGUACAAAUAGACAAAAAUGAAAUUGAGUCAUUUCUAGCGAAUAUGCGAACUUAUGGGAUUUUCUUCUGUACCAGUCAUUGUAUGACUAACGAGCUGUGCGCAAGAACGACUGGGUAAAUUUACUCAAUUUUAGUGACGGAAGUUAAGCUAGAGGAAAAUCCUUACCAGUAGCAUAAUUCAAAUGGAUAAAAUGACUUAAUGAGUCAUUCAUCGAAUUUAUUUAUUUUUGAUUUAAAAUUUGCCAUAUCCUCCACUAACGAAAAUUUUAAAUUUAAUUGUGACAAAUGAAGGUGCUCUGAAAUUCAUCGUAUUUGUCGUCAAAGAAGAAUAUUAUCUCGUAAAAUUAAAUUUAAAUAAAAUUAAAACGGAAAAUUAAAAAUUAUAGGAUACAAUGAGUGAGCGAAGAGGAGCGAGAGUGUUUAUGUUUACGUAAGUGAGUAAAUAGAAAUGACUUUAAACUGUACAUGUUCGUAACGUUGAAUAAAUAAUUAGUAAAAAUUGUCGCGGUUCGAAAUGUUGUAUGGGGAAACGGAUCUGCAACGGAAAUAUUUCUUAUUCGUAUAGCCAAAGUGUGUCACACUUUUAAAAUAAAAUUGAUGUGAGUGUGAGCUACUAAUUUAGGGCUGAAAGUGCUGACAGGUCACGGUGUCUGGAAUUGUAUGGGAUAUUUUUUACUCAUUAAAUCUGUUACCUCUUCUGUUUUGCAAGUGUUAAAGCCUUGUGACACAAAAUCUUUCAUCUCAUUUGUUUUCGCGUUACAUUUUGCUGUAUAAGACCACAUAAAUCAUAUGCAGGAGGUCAUCGCUUGUUGUUGUCAUUGCUGUCAAUAACAAAUAUUAUCGUUUUUGACAGGCUCGUUGGCAGGCCAGACGAAAGUUGACCGUUUUUAUUAAACGUAGGAUUAUUAAAAAUCCAUAUGACGCUCACUGCAAUCGUUGUCAUUGUAUAAUACGCGACUGAUAUAUUUAAGGAACGAAUCCGACGUUUAAUAAAUGGUCAAAUUUUGCCUGGUACAGAGCCUUUGGACAGUCGAAUUUCUUGAAUUAAUUUUAAUUGAGUUAAUAUAUAUAGAGGUUUUCAUGCCUUCAUUUGGCAGAUUUAUGUACCUAAACAUGGGCCAUUUUCGUCAUUUUUUGGACUGUGUCUAAACUGAACGAUCGGAGCCUCUCAAAUCAAUUCCAAAGUUUUGUCAAAAUUUUGUUAUAAAAUGAUACGGAAACUGUACUGUGUUGGCUGUGGUUUGUGCAAAAAAAUCGAAAAAAUAAGUUUACCAAAAUCGGCUCAGAUUUAGUGAAAAUAUCAGAAAAUGUCACCAAUUAGCUGGAAUGCCCCAUAUAUGAUUUACCUUCGUUAAAAAAUGUUUCAUGUAUAAAUUCAGACACCUUUGAUCUAUAACCAAAAAUGAUCCGAUGAACUGAAUUGAUAAACACAAAAUAAAUCACAAAAUCGUUUUAUUACCGAUACCUGACCGAUUAAAAUAGGAAUUUAAAAAAAACAAUUGAAUUUUAAACGUAACACUGAUUAUGCACCUCUCUCAUUAAAAUCUCUUCAACAACUUCAAGAACAAAAAAGAAAAUACCAAAAAAAUAUGAAUGUGUGUAUACUCCUCCAGUGACGGCGUAACAAGUAAAAUUAAGAUAAUUAAAUUGUGAUUUCGAAUGAUUGAUGUUAUAAUCACUUAAAAUUAAAGAAUUAAAGAAAAAACAACAGAAAAUAAAUCUAAAGCAAAACCAAAAAUAAAAUUUUAAAAAAAUUGAAAAUCAAAUGAUUUGUAGACUCAUUUUAGAAAUGACUUUAGAAUCGCUUAUCGUUGCCUAUAAAACUAAAUUAAUGUAAUGGAAUUAAGUGCGAAACAGGCAAUAAAAACCACCAAAAAGCGUUUUGCAAACGCUUGUGAUGAAGUUAUUGGUAUAAGUUUUGAAAAACAAAAUGAAUUGUCGUUGAUAAACAAUACGUUAAUUGAUAUUCAAAUCAACAAUUAAAGAAUUAAUUAACAUUAGGGCAUAAAAAAAACCGUUUCUAGUUGUUGCAUAAUUUGACUGCAUUUUAUGCGAAAUGCAAUAAAAUGCGAUGAUAAAAUAGAGUUACUGAAAAUGGUAAAGUUUAUGAAGCGUUUGAACGUGAAAAUUAAUCUUAAUUUAAAUCUGAAAAUAGCCACUUGAAAUGAUUUUGUUUUUAUAGUUAGGAUCGCAUAGAACGAGGACCUUUUAUUGGGAAGUUUAUUUAUUUAAAUUACUGAAAAUUACCGAAAUUUACCAAAUUCACCAACUUUUACCUACGUUUCCUCAGUAAAUUUUCGGUAAAUUUAGGUAAUUUUCAAUACUUUUCGGUAAUUUUUAGUAAAUUUCGUUGCCAGUAAUAUGCUCUGCAUACCACUUUUGUUGAGUAAAAAUUUGUCUUAUUUAUCAGGACAGAAAUCCUGAUGUUAAACUAACAAAAAUUGUGUUACCUCAAAGUGGUUGAAUUCAAAUCAAUAUUUUUGAAAUUCGUCAAAAUCGCUCAACACUAAGAUGGAUAGACUUGAGACUGGUAUCCUAAACGGAUGGAAUAUUUCACUAGUAAAUUCGAUCAAAAUGUGUAGCUUAUGGGAAUACAAUACUCGUGUCAAUAGUCGGUAGACCAAAUAUUUUCAAUAGCCAUAAUUGAAUACCGAUACUGAUAUCUAAAUAUCGUAAUUUCUAAAUUAGAAUUUUCAUUGAAUGAAAACUCAGGUGUGUAGUGUAAGCCCUACACCGUUAAAACACAAACUCACGCUACUUUUCCAAUCAACCAGUCAGCAACUGUUAACUAAUGAAGUGAGUGAAGUAACGAAUAUUUUAUCUGUUAAACAAUGGUAACAAAAUGAAGAGAUGGCCGUUGGCUAUAUAUAUAGCCGAAUUUUUGACUAAAUUAAGGAAGUACAAGAUUGUGUUUCUAUUCAUUAAAGAUAUUUUGAUUGGAGGAAGUAGAUUCGUUAAUUGCAGAUGUGCUCUCUUCCUAAAUAAACUCCUAGAGAUUCUGGCACUAAGGUCUGAUCAAUGUGAAUACCCUAUCAGUUCGAAUUUAGGAUGCAGUCCUGUAUUGUAUUCCCAUAGAACCAAUUGCAUUUUGAUUUCGUUCAAUCCGAUUUAUUCUAAUAUUAUAACAAAUACGCCAAAAAUGAUAGGAUGAUAUGGAGUGAUCUUUAACUCUAAUUUAUGGAACUUUAAAUUGCCAACGGCAACCCAUACAAACACUCUUCGUAUAAUUGAAGUAUUUUCUUAUAUGAAAAGCAAGAAAAGAAAUUUAUGCAAAUGAAAUUACGCGAAGUAUUUAACAGAUGUAAAUGUCUUCGAAAAUAUUAAACAUGAUAAGAAUUGUGAUGCUACUUACCUAUAUAUAAAUAGAAUAGAAAAUUAAGUUUUAAAUUUUGACAAAUUGACACGCUUUUUAGUUGCCUAAAGAGAAAAUAUAAAUAGAUAUGAGGAAACCGAGGUUGAAACCAAGGACGAAACCACGGUGAGACCACUUUCAUAAAAUAAAUUUAAUUGUUUUUGUGUUGAUGCCAUAUGAAUAAAACAGAAAAAAAAACAGAAAAAACUAUCAAACAGUCUGUGGACUCUAAAAAAAUAUUUAUAAAUUUUAGUAUUAUAGGAAAAUAGGCUCAAAAUUUAGUUACGUAAGGACACACCCCAAAAACCGAAUAAAUGUUAACUAUAGGACCUGUUCAUGUACGUUUUAUUAAGGUACGUGGUUUCAAUUAUUGCUGGAAAAUGUAAUUCAACGGAAAAUUAGUUCAAUUAUGGAGAAAUCAAUUUUGAUAAAAUUAGAAACCCAAUUGGUACAACGAAAGAUUCUGAUACGAAAAUUCCUUUCGAAUAAAUUAAAUUUAUGUCUCUCGAUCUGUCCAUGUAGCUACUCUGUCAACGUUUCUGAUUGUAAAAACCAGUAACAGAGGCUAAAUGGCGAUUUGGGCUAAUUUUGAGUGAUUCCUUUAAUAAGCCGAACAAAGAUUUCAAUGUGUGUUUGAUCGUUACUCUGGGUAAGAUUAAACUGCUCAUCAUUUCACUUCUAAAGCUUAAACCAGUUUCAACUUGAGCAUGUCCAAAAUUCCUUCAUAUCAUUCACACCAUUCAAAAAUUGUUUUCUCCGUAAUUGGAAAAGCCAAACCGAAAAUUUUACUUCAUCAUUUUCCACUUUUAUUGCAAGAACAGUAAAUUUACAAGGAAAAUUUUCAGCAGAUAAUAUAACUAACUGUAUGUGCCGUGCCAUUACAAGAAAAUUGCUGUGAACAAUUUUUCUUCCGUUUGUUGAUUGAAGAAUGAAAACAAAAAAAUAAUUCUUUUUCGAUUUUAAAUCCUAUCGGUUUCUAAUGAACAAAAGAAGAAGAAAACAAUAAACUCCCAUUUGAAAGUAGGAAGGGAAAUCAAAUAUUAGAGACUUAAAAAUUUAGAACUACAAGAAAAGAUGAAAAAUGAUUUUGUGGCCACUAGUAAAUUAGGUUUUUUUAUGAUUUUUGAAAUAUAAAUGUGUGAUAAGGAUGGGAGUUGGAACAAGAGUUAAGGGUUGAGAGAAAAUUUCAAACGAUCAUGUUGCACAGUUGACUUGACACGUCAUCCGAGCACAUUUCAUGUCGGCUAAAACUAAUUGAUCUCCAAAAAAGAUUCUUUUUACAACGAAAAUAUGAUCCUCGUCUACCCUUCGUAUUUCAUCUGUUAACGACAUCGACGAUAAAACUAAGCGAUGUCUUUCUUACGUCCGUUAAAACUAAUCGAGGAAUGAUUUUGCAUUAAUCUGUUUAGACCAAAGCACAUAACAUAUUCUAACCAAGAUUCUAACCUUUCACAGACAAGCAUUGAACUUCUUUUGAGCGAAGCAUUUUUAACAGAUAAAAAAUCUUUUACUUCAUUAGUUUUAGCAUAUAGCAUAAUACAUUUUGCUAUAAAGACUAUGCACUAACCAGGGUGAUCGAUUACUAUUCUUGUCUGUGUCUCGACAAUAGAUGAAUUCGUAUUCUUACAGAACAAGUUUUCUGAUAUUUUUUUUCCAAACGUCUGAUCUUAAAUCUAGACAAUUCUUGCUACUCGGAAAAAUUCUAAUAAAAUUCCAAGAAAAUCCGUUUAAAGAAUGGAAAAUCUUUCAAUUCGCAAAUAUUUGCAAAAAAAAAAAAUUCCUAAGAACUUCCAAUGAACUCUUGAUCUUAAAGUUGAAAAAAAUCCUUAAAAUUGAUGUAGAAAAUAUUUCGAUUCCUCAGAAAAGUGCUCCGAAUGACUUUUAGACUCUAGUCUACACCCGUUCCUCGAAACUUUUCAAUGUGUUGGCUCUGUACGAUAUAACCGACAAAAAGAUCACUUAAUACACACGGAAACUUUCAAGAUAAUUUUAAAUGUAGAGUCUACAUUGUAGCCAUCCCUCAAAGUUCGUUAAGUGAAUUAGUCUUCAGAAUUAGUUUCCAUUUUCUUUGAAUAAUCCGAUAACCAAAGUCCAAACAAUUUUUCCACCCACAAUAUUGAUUGUUAUCAAUAUAUCCACACUCAUGAACUCCUAUCACACAUCUCUAUUGUAUAAGCAAUGUAAUAUUUUUGUGCAUCAAAUGUUAUAUGAGUGAGCACCGUUCAAUAUUGUUUGGUGUGCAUAUCAUAUGCAUACAAAAGUGUUACAUUGCAAUUAGUAUGUUGUAAAUAAUAUUUUGUUUUUUUUUUUAUAUAAGAAAUGAACAUAGAAAUUAUUUUUAAUUAUUUAAAACAAUUUAAAGGA